CCAUCUCCGUCCACCGGUAGUUUUGCAACGUAUAAAUUGGUGUAGGUAGCGCGUCGGUUCAACGUGACGUUUAGUUUUUGAUCGCUUGGUGUCGAAUAGUAUUUUUUUCGUGAAAAGUAUUCGUUCAUUUUCAAUCACAAAACGGAUAAAAUGUCGUCGAGCGACAUAAAUAUGCUUGUCGAUAUGGGUUUCAGUUUGCCUAAAGCAGAAAAGGCGUUAGAGAUGACUGGAAACAAAGGUGUUGUUCCAGCAAUGGAAUGGCUCUUGGCUCAUACAGACGAUGCAGAACCAUCGCCUGAACAAACUACUGCCGAAAGUGCACCAACAUCAAUUGCUCAAACGCCAGCAGAGGAUAGCAGUGCUAGUGCUAGCGGUCAGGUAUCGACUACCGAACUUGCCAAAUCUAUGAAAUGCGAUAUAUGUGGAAAACUAUUUAAAAAUAACUUGGAAGUUGAAUUCCAUGCAACAAAGUCUGGACAUGAUCAAUUCUCAGAGAGUACGGAAGAAAAGAAGCCACUUUCAGAAGAUGAAAAGAAAGAACAGUUACGGAUAUUAUCAGAAAAAUUAAGGCAAAAGAAUAAAGAGAGGGAAGAACAGGAAAGGAUAGAUACAUUUGCAAGAGAGAGAGAUAGGAUAAGGGUAGGAAAAGAAAUGGCUCAAGCUAGAAAGAAAUGGGAAGAGUUAGAAACAAAAAAAAUGAUGGAUCAGAGGAGGCAAGAGAAAGAAGACGAAAAAUUAGCAAGACAAAGGGUAAAAGCACAAAUUGAAGCUGAUAAAGCUGCUAGACGCGCAAGAGCUAAUAAUGAAGAAGUACCUAAGGAACCUGUAACUCCUUCCGUGGUUACGUCGCCUACGGCGCUGCAUCGGAAAGAUUACAGUGAAACGAAGUUACAGAUUAGACUUACCAAUGGACAAACAUUAACGCAAAGUUUCGGAAGUAAAGAACAAUUAUCUGCCGUGAGAUUGUUUGUCGAAAUGAAUAGGUCAGACGAUUCGGGUCCAUUCUGUUUAAUGACGAACUUUCCAAAGAAAAUUUUCACAGAAGAUGAUUAUGACACACCAUUAGAUGUUUUAGGCCUAGUACCAUCCUCGGUUAUAAUUGUUAAGAAGAAAUUGCAGCAAUCCACAUAAACAUCAGUUAUUACUUGCCAUGCAACUUGUAAGCUACUAUAUCUGUGUACAAUGUCCUACAAAUUGAUUAUUAAGGAGGAAGCA